AAAAUACCUUAUAGGAAAUACGUAAAACUUUAACUCAUUGGAAUGCAGUGGACUCAGACACAACAGGUGAGGGGAAGCCUUUGACAACAUGGGUCCUUCAGUUGUGCCUGUUAUCCACUGUUGUUGUCAUCGCAAAAUCUGGUUGCACUCAACUCGACUGCGAACGGCCGUUAUACUAACCCCAUGCCCAAGACCGCUGUGUUUUGCCUUCAGACAAUGGUGAGGGGGAAAGAACCAUGAAUAGGUACUCCACACUCAGACAGCUGGGUGAUGGCACCUACGGCUCAGUCAUCCUCAGCCGCUGCCUGGAGUCUGGGGAGCUGGUCGCCAUCAAGAAAAUGAAAAAGAAGUUUUAUUCCUGGGAAGAAUGCAUGAAUUUGCGGGAGGUCAAGUCCCUGAGGAAGCUGAACCAUGCCAACGUUGUUAAGCUGAAGGAGGUUAUACGGGAAAAUGACCAGCUCUAUUUUGUGUUUGAGUACAUGAAGGAGAAUCUCUAUCAACUUAUGAAAGAAAGAACACGACUAUUCCCUGAGUCUGCAGUGCGAAACAUCAUGUUCCAGAUUCUACAAGGGCUGGCCUUCAUUCACAAGCAUGGAUUCUUCCACAGAGAUCUUAAACCAGAGAACCUUUUGUGCAUGGGACCGGAGCUGGUAAAAAUCGCUGACUUUGGUCUAGCUCGGGAGAUUCGCUCACGGCCUCCAUACACCGACUACGUUUCAACAAGAUGGUACAGAGCUCCAGAGGUUCUCCUCAGGUCCACCACCUACAGCUCUCCCAUAGACCAGUGGGCAGUGGGCUGUAUCAUGGCCGAACUCUACACCCUCAGACCUCUCUUCCCAGGCUCCAGCGAGGUGGAUACUAUCUUUAAAAUUUGUCAAGUCCUGGGAACGCCAAAAAAGAAUGAUUGGCCUGAGGGUUACCAGCUGGCAUCGGCCAUGAGCUUCCGCUGGCCACAGUGUGUGCCUACCAACCUGAGGAGUCUGAUCCCUAACGCCAGUACUGAGGCUAUUCACCUCAUGAGGGACCUGCUUCAGUGGGAUCCUAAGAAGAGACCAGCAGCCAGCCAAGCACUGCGGUACUCCUACUUCUUUGUGGGCCAAGCUUUGGGUACCCCACAGCAGGUCCUUGAUCAGGGUCGACAGCCCCAUCCGCACCCUCCACAGCCCCCGGAGUUCAGGCCAGCACCUCCUCCGCAACCCCCACCUCAGCAUCUCUCACCCUCGCGGCCACUCCAGCAGAUACAGCCACCCCCUCUCCCCCUGUAUCAGCAGCGUGCCGACCCAGGGCCAGAUCCAGCCCUCAGGCCUGUGAAGCAACAGGAAGAGGCCGACAGAGCCCCACAGACCCGCUUCCCUUUUAUUCACAAUAAGGGCAUACAGGGCCAGCCGAAGGGGAGUCGCAGAAGGUGGGGCCACGUAUCAGGGGUUUUGAAAGGGGAUGACUGGGAGGAUCUCGAUGAUUCUGAGACCACAGUCAGCGUUCUUAGCAAGACCAAUUAUCCCAGUGAAAAACGAAGACAAGGAGAUGACCGACUGGGCAGACGUGGAAAUGUUUUGGAUUUCAGCCCUUCUAAUGGCAGAAAUGAUAGCUUGACAAAUUCGAACACCAUGCUGCCCUUUCAAGAACCUUCAAGGACUGCUUCAGCUAAGCAGCACUACCUGAAACAAUCAAGAUAUUUACCUGGGGUAAGUACAAAGAAGAAUGUAGCAAUAAGUUCUACUAAAGAGUUCAGUGGGAACAGCCUGUGGGAAAGCAGCAGUAUCCCAGUUGGAGGAACACUUCCCACCAGAGGCCACCACGGUACACUUCCUGGUGGGUACGUCCCUUCAUUUUAUAAGAAAGAAGUUGGUUCUUCUGGCCAAAGAGUGCAGCUAGCACCAAUUGUGGGUUCAACAGUGUCAAAUUAUGCAACGUGGAAGAGCAGUAGAAGUCAACUGGGUUCCUCAUCCUAUGUGUCCUCACCGACGAAGAGUAGCCCAGGACAACGGCCUCGCCCUCCGAUGCAGCCCAUCCACGGCCGCACUGACUGGUCGGCAAAAUAUGGUCACCGUUAACAACAUCCUAAAGGGAUGUGCAAAAGAUCCUUGAGAACACUGUGCUUUUCAAUCUCAUUUUGUCCUAUAACCA